CCGUGUAAUUGUGUAUUUCUUUGGCAGCUACUUAGGCUAGCUUAGCAAAUAUGUUGUUAUUUAUUUAUUAUCUUUAUGCGGAUUACGGGACAAUCCCGAAUAGUAUUUUAUAACAUUGAGUUUAUACGUUUUACACACAAGAUUGACAUAUAUCAAUUUGCAUCACGGUUUAACCGAAACUGGAAAGUGACUGAGACAGGUCACAGAGUGAGAGUAAAUGUGAAUAUAAUCCCCGCACUUCGAUGAAUCGAGUGUCUUGUGAAAUACAAGAGAGGGAGCCAAGAUACAAGAUUGUGUAUGUGACUUAUGUACCGUUGAACUAGCUCCAAGAAACGGACUUGCUAGGGUUAGAGACAAUCGGUCGCUCGUCGGGCUACCGUUGUACGUGUGGUGCCAGGUGUGCAUCACUGGCGUGCGGUAUACUAUAUACUAUAGACGCAUAUCACACAACUAUUCUCUUGAAGAUAAAAAGUUCACAACUAGCCAGUAACACGAGCGACCAUGGCACCUCAACAUAAAUCUUCAAUCUGGUUCUAUGCCACCUCUUGGCUAAGCUAUUUCUUCUGGCACAUGUUUAAAUGGCUCCUAAGGAGAAUUACUGGAAAAUGUGAAUUACAGCGAAUUUGUUACAACCAUCGGGAAGGAGCACCCAGAACUAUGAGAAUUGAAAAAUCACUGAGAUGUUCCAAAAGUACAUUACUACAAAAUGUGCUGUCGAGAGAGCAACAUGGCAGUGUGCAGGAGUGUGUUUCACAGGUGAUGAAGCUAAAAGUCAUCAAUCAAGAAGCACAUCCAAUAUUUGCUCUAAGAUUUGGGCAAUGCCUUGAGCAGAUCUGGUCUUACCAAGCACUGGUGAAGGAGGUGGAGAUGACCCGGCUACUGCGGUACGAUUCCCUUAAUGAAACUCAUGAAACACUUCUGAUGGAGCUGUGGUGUAAGCUAGUACCUGAAAGACAACUACCUAGCAGGAUUACCAAGGAAUGGUCAUAUAUUGGGUUUCAAGGAGAUGACCCAGCAACAGACUUUCGAGGCAUGGGCAUGCUGGGUCUUCAUAAUUUGCUGUUCUUUGCAUCACAGUAUAGAAAUGCUGCACGUCACGUUCUCCAGCGGUCACAUCACCCCAAGUUUCGAUAUUCUCUCGCAAUAGUGGGAAUCAAUAUAACAAGUAUGGCCUAUCACUUGUUGUGCUGCGGUGCACUUAAAAAUCAUAUGUACAACACUGUGAUUGGAGCUCCGUCACUUCUACACUUUCAUCUGACAUACAGUUACUUGCUGUACGAAUUCGACAAGUUCUGGUUUGCCGAGGAACCGGCAGACAUCAUGGAGUUCAGCCGGGUGCGCGAGAAAUUCCUCAGUCAAGUCUCAGAGUACUUACAGAGCGAAUAUGCAAGGCUGAAACUUGACAUUAGUGAUGAGAACAUGCUUGCGCCCGAUCAGGGUUAGGAUCUUGUAAAGCCUAUUGCCUUAAUUAGUUGCCAUUGUUUCUGUUCUUGUUCCCAUUAUAAUCCUUGUCAUUAUUUUGUACAGCGUUGUCCUUGCUAGAGUAUUUAUUACCAUGAAUGUGUUCAUUUGUGAACACACAAUUUCACAUGUAGCCUGUAACAUCGGUGCCUCGUAUGGAACUGUCAAAUGCGUCAUCAAAUGAGUGAUGUAGCCCAUAGUUGGAAUGUUAUUGCAGCGUUAAUUAAAUGUUAAGUAAUUUAUUUGCAAAUAAGUCAUGCAUUACGAUGCAACAAUGAUCUCUUAUGUCUUAAAAAUCCUUGAUCUUUUAUUAUGUCAUUAAAUUGUAAACUUCAUAUAAAACUGUGUUAUGAAGUGUAGUUUAGUUACCCAGCUAAACUAGGUAAUUAUAUUUGAGCCAUUUCAUUCAUAAACUUAUUUUAACAUAAUCGUGAAUUAUGUCAGGUCAGGAUUAAAGCAGCUAUAGCCAAGAAUGUUCACUUUUAUUUUUCUGCAUUUGAUUUAUUAAGGAACAGCAUGUUACCAUUAAGAAAAAAAUGUAUAAAUAUGUUGGUGUCAGUGAUGACAUCAGAUCACACAUGUUCACCCCACACUUCCUCAGACAAGCCAAUGUGUUCCCUAGCAACUGCUGCACAAUAGCGCACAAGCAACCCCAUGCUUCACAGAAUGGAGCAUCCUUUUUCUUCCCCGCCCUCUGCCUGAACUACAAUCUGACGUGUGUGGGAACAUGCUGUCAUGUUUACCGGUGUCAUUUCUUUAUGAAAAAGGAUUACAGUAUUAUGUUAUAUAGAUGAUUAGGAGCGUUUGAUUUUAUUCACUCCUGAAAUAAUUACACCUUGCUCAUUGGAAAUAUCUGGUUGUACUGCUUUAUCUACUAUAAACUCAGAAAAGAUAUGUUUAUUCAUUUUUGCAAUGAAUGGUUGCACUCAUGUUAAAAAUAAUUUGCAGGAUACAGAUUACAGUAUGCUAUUGAAGUGUGUGGCCGUUUUUUUGGAACGAGUUGUGAUACACAUUAUGUGAUUGUAGUCAAUUUGUAUGUACUUCUUAAUUAUAUUUAAUGUUUACAUUCUUUUUCACAAUGGUGGCUAAUUCUUCAUAAUGUAUAUAUGUAUGUGUGUAUGUAUGUACUAUAUAUAUAUAUAUAUAUAACACAUAUAUCACAAUAUCUAUUCACGCUAUUAAGCAUCUGCAUGUGGUGUUUACUUGAUAACAGAUAUUACUCGGACACCAUAACUUUGAUGCAUUUAGAUGAAUUCUGUAAUGUGAAAAAGAGCUUGCCUUCCUAAAAAAUCCAAAUCAGUUUGUUUCGAUUUUUUGUUAAGAUUUCAUGCAGCUGAACUUCUGUCCAUGUAUGAAAGUGAUGACACCAGAGUAACAAGUAGACACCAAUGUGAACAGUUAUUGAAGCAACGCAGUGCAUAGUAAAUACUGUGUAAUUUGUUAAUUAAUUGCUUGUUUAUGUGGUAUGUGCUAUCAUCCCAUAGUACUCGUGGCAAGGCCAUUAAGAUAUAUAUAUAUAUUCAAUAAAUGUAUAUCACAAACCCAUAUUAUUCAUGUCUAGCAAAUAAACCAAAGUUAAAAAUAAUACACAAAUAAUACACUAAA